AGAAGAUAUGUUUGGUCAGUCUCAGCCAUUUGACGAAGAGGCCGAAAAAGAAAACGUUUACUUGGAGCUUGAAAAAGCUCUUACUGAAAGGAAAUGCAGAAUCAUCCAGAAAAAACAGAAAAUCAAACUGGUAAUAAAUGGAAGGAUAAGGCAAGAUGAAGAAUUAAAAAGAGCUAGUGAUGAAGAAAAGCGUUUUAAGAAGGAGAUUGAAGAAGUCAAUGACCAUAAAAAUACAAUCGUGAGGAACAUUGAAAACGAACACCAGUCUCGCUCGACACUAGAAUUCACUCUGUGUCACCUAACUAACAAUCUAUCUAAGGAAAAAGAAGAAACCAAAAGGAUGAAGAGUGAAUUUGAUGCUGGCAUUAAAGAUGCUCAUGAUACAUGGAAGUUGUAUAAGGAAAAGUAUGAAAACUUUCCUCUGGCAAAGAAACGACGAGAGGUAGAGGUGGAGAUUAAGAAAGUUGAAAUAGUUUUGAAACAAGCAGAAGUAGAUACGACCGAAUACAUGAGGAAGAAACAAUUGAAACAAGAAAUAGCAGAGAGGAGAUUUCAGCUUAGUGUGGUUCAACUGGCUGAGACGUACAAAGUUUACCAACAGCUCAUGGCAGAGCAGAAGGAGUUGAUGGAUAAAAUGCUAAAACUGAAAACUCGUAUGGCUGAUCUGGAGUCAGGAAAGACAACAACGCGUCAGGUAGCAACACCACAAACAAGUUCUACUCAAGGAGAACAACAGCGAGUGGUUAAAAAACUUCCCGAGGUUGUCAAAUUUACAGUCUCUGGAUUAGGCUUGCAGGUCAUGUCCCCACCUCAACAAGAAGCUGAUACGUUGCCUGGAAGAAGUUUGUUUAGCUGGAGCGAAUUACUAGGGACAUCAGCUAAAACGUCCACUCGGGGUGAAAAAAUUGUGCCUACCACUUCUGUAGGCUCAUCAGCUGCGACAAGCACUCCCCAAAAACCAAGGGAUGAACCUCAACUACACAGAAACAUGACAUCCUCAAUGAAGCUGAUGAAUUUGCUGAGAAACGUCCCAGGUUUGCAAAGGAAUCCUGCGUUGAAUGUCGGUGUAAAACGAAAUAGUGGAAGUAAUGAUGACAAAGAGGUGAACAAAGAAGACAGACCUCCGGUUAAAAAAUCAAUUGUUUCUACUCCUCAUAGUACCAAAGCCUGUGAGCCAAGUGUGACCAAAUCUAAUGUUAAAGUUGAUAACCCUCCUGCUGUUAAGAAGGAUGAAUGGUUGGAUAGAGAAAAUAAGGAAAAUACAAAUUCAAAAAUGGCUAUUGGUUUUUCAAAGUCACAGACAUUGCCCACUGGGGACAACAUGAAUAAGCUGAAUAAAACUCCUGCUUCAAAGGCUUUGAGCCAAAAUUUGAUGAAUAUAUUGUCCAUGAAAGGUGGAAUGAGUCAAAAGAGUAACUCUGGACAUACUCAGGACACACAAGAAGAUGGAAAGGCAACUCUUGCCAAAGCUCCAGUGAUUUCUCAAAACCAUCAGCAGGGAAAUUUCAAUGAGGUUAUGUAUCAAAACAGUCAGGCAAAACGUGAUGAACAAGAUAAACCGAUAGAAAAUAUUCCAAUAUUGUUGGAACCAGGUUCACCAGCUCCCGAUUUGAUUCCAGUGGAGACAAACUCCAACAGCCAGCCAUUGUCUCAGGGGAACAUCUCACAGACUUGCUCUCCUAUUGAAUUCAACUUGUCUGGAGGUUCAGAUUUCAUUUCUCCAAUUGAUGAGACUACAAAGAUGGCUUAUCAACGUUUGAUGGCUCAAGCAGGACCGUAUCCUACACAAGAAUAUUCUGCAGAAAACACCGUCAACAGUCACAAACCACCCUCUGAGGAAAACAUUGUACGUUCUCAUUACUUCAUUGGCUCUCCCAGUCUUAAUACACCUCCUGAUGGCCCAGUGAAUGACUACCAGCCUAGUCCAUCGGAGCCGUUCUCCCCUCCAAUGAUUGAGGGUGCUUAUGACAGCAAUGACAUGAUGGCAGCUAUACAAUCCCCACCCCCAGCUAACACAGCUGCUUAUUGUGAAAAUGAAAAUCCUUCAAACUCCAGUGGACCAGCUUUUUCCUUCGUGCCAAAAUCUUUAAAUAAUAAGCCCAAGACUGUGUUUGAUUUUUUUUAAGAUGUAUGUUUUUGUGUUAAGCGUAUCAGUUGCCCAUUUAUGCAUUGCAUAUAAGUUAGUUUUAAUUACAAGUUUGUUUUUAAUUAGGCUUUAGUGAGAGCACCGAAAAGCUGCUAUUUUAGUUCAUGUUUGUUGAGUAAAUUAGCUCAUAAGGUACUGUAAUAGUUAGAAAUGUGCAUGAGGUUGUGAGGUACAUGAGGUAUAAACUCAUAAUUCAAUAGUUGUCUAAUUUUAAAGAUUGUAGGUUUGUUUUCUCCUAAAGUAAUUGGAUUCUAAACUAGGAAUAGUGUAAAUGAUCAAGCUAAGUUAGCAAUUAAUUUAUCUAUUUAGAGUUAAUAAGUAAUUCCUUCAAUUAACAAGAAGUAAAUUUUUCUUUCAUAUUAUUAGGCAAGAAUCAACAGUUACUUCCUAUUAUUUUGUUGUUGUUUAAUCUCAGGUGUGUCUAAAUAAAAUUACCUUCUAGAUAAAUGGAAGAAAUUAUGAUAUUAUGUAUCUUUAAUUUUAAGAACAUAAACAAUAAAGAUACUAAGUACCUUGUUCUUAAAUAUUCAUAUUUUAAUGC